AGUAAGCUUCUGUUUUACUUUUGUCCUGAAAGAGGCUUUCCUUAAGCCUAAAAGGCCAUUCAUGUUGUUUUGGGGGACUUCUCUGAGACUCUUAAGUAAGGUACCAAUAGUAAAUAACUGCUCACAAGACAAAGUGAUUUUCUAAGCCUCCAGGUGGGGCUCAUUUCAAAUCACUGACAUGGUGGAAAGCUUCUUGUAUCACAUUCUUAAACCUUAGGUAAUUAGAUUGCUUAAUGGACUGUCUGGUAAUCUCAUAAAUUGCGUUUAACCACAUAGUAAGGCAGGGAACUGAUCUUUGCCAUGGUACAUUUGACCCAGCUUUUGACCUUCGUCAUCUUCAGUAAUAAAUAUGCUCAGGCUGUACCCUUCUGUGCAUUCUGAAUGCAGUCGACGUGCACUCGGGAUAGCAGGGUGUAUUAAACCCCAUGUGUUGCCAGCUUUGUCAGCUGAUGAACCCCCUGCAUGCCUGGAAAUAAAGCCAGAACAGGAGAAGCUUUACACAAAAGCCAUUAUGGAGCUUCUCCGCUGCGCUGGAGCGGGGAUGGCUGUGGGAAUUGUGAGCUGCUGUGCUCUCCCUAGCUUGCUGAAGUUCCAAGCACUGUGUGAGACCAACCUGGAGAGGUGUCAGUGGAAAGAGACAUGCAAAAGAAUAUGCCCUGAACAUAGAGAAGAGUGAGAAGCUUGGUCUAGUAAGCAUGAGCAGUGAUGUAUGGUACAUUUUUCAAAGCAGAUCUUACAUACUUAGUGCCUGUCUUUAGAAAGCUUUGUGUUACAGGUGUAUACGCAUGAUGUUGAAGGUUGCCUGAACAUCAGCUUUGGGUAACAUGAGAGUGUAGUAGCAUAACAGAGGGCAUUAGAUACCUUCUGCUGACUUAGUCCUAGCAUUUAGUGACUUGAUCAGACUCUGCUAGAAAGCCAGAAGAAAGUAGUCCCUGUUCAGCUGGUGGAUGGCCGGACACACAGACCUGUGUGCGCCUGAAGUGAAUGCACAAUCCAGGGCUUCGACUUAGAGAUGUACAACACAACCGGGCACACAAGGGCUUACGCAGACAUCAAGGCAGGUGGUUUUUGUCCACGUGUUGCGUUUGGAGCUUGAAAAGGAUUUUUUUUUAAUUGUUGUCUGCAAGUAUAUGCACUCUGGUCACUUCAUGCAGGAGGCCUAAGGAUGGUAGAGGUCGUGUAGGUCAGCGGUGCGCCCUGAAUGAUGGACUAGCUCAAUGCAGAGCAUUUUUGCAGUAGGGAUUCUGUAGCUAGCGAUAACACUGAGAAAAGUUUACACAUCAACUCAGACAACAUUGAGUGCCUCAGCAUAGGAAGUGGUGGCAGAACACUCCCUUGAGCCCUGUACGAGAAACAGUUUUGUCAGCUUGGGAACAAAAUAAACCAUUUUUCUAUAAAUUGCUCUAUGGGCAAUGUGCCGUACAAGAAAAAAGGAAACAUGAAAAGUUACAGAUGGCUUUAACCUGUAAGAUAUGAGAGAGAGGCCUUGAUGGCUGACUAGGUUUUCUGAUAUACAGUAGAGCGUGGCUCUUGGUGGAAGCUUUUCCUAUAAUUAAAGCCUUUAUAAUGUCUUCUCCUUUUCUUCGAUGUCUUAUAAAACACAAACUCAUGCUGCACCAUUGCCCAUCAAGCAUGCUAAUAAUGGCCUCUCUUCUCCAGUAGCCUAUUCUCAAAUAGCUUUAUGUGAACAAAAUCACUGAAAUCAUCAAUGAAAUCCAAAAUUGCGAAGGUUGGAUGGACAGCAGCCACGCCUGUAACACGAUUGCCUAAGUCGUGUUUUCUGAGGAUACUGAGCUGAAAGUGCCUAUUGCAUUCUGACUCCAGAAAUGAUGAAUGGGUAGCUGUAGAGGAUGCGGAUCCAUUUCUCGCUACUGAAUUACGAAUUCUGAAUGAAAGAAUUUUAGGAUCUUUUCCUGAUGGUUAUUAUUUUGAAAACUGAUCCCGGUAAGGUGAAGCUUGAGAAUUAUCAAUUUGCUCAGCUUUCCAUCCCCAGCCAUUGUUAGGAAUUCAUUAGAAAGACGUUAGAUUAAGCUUUCUUCCCAUGCUGGCUGGAGAGUUUUUCAGUGAAGCUUGGUUGGGGAGGUGGAGUGUUGAUAUGAAAAUAUUUUGAUUAAGAAAACGUGUUAGUUCUGUUGAGAAAUGUAUUUUGUGUUUAGGCUGAAGUUUUCCAUCAAAACUGGAGAGGAAUGUGCGUUCUUCGCCCUCAAGUACUCAGCAUACCCACGGGCUCAGUGUUCAAGCUGCUUACCUGGGACGCGAGGGGCAGAGGCUCACGUCCCUUCUGCGGAUUCAGAUCCUGGACUUGAAUCUCAGUAUACCUAAACAUAGGUUGAAAAGACGUAAACAGGCAAAGCUCCCUCUUUCCCUCCCAACCUGUUACACCUAUAAGGCCUGUGACAGAUCUAUACCUACCAACUUUUUGCCCUGCUGCAAAGCAGCGUGUAUUUUGUUAUCCCUGAAAAUUUCAACAGAGUCUAAGAAGUAUUUCCUGAUAGCUGUAACAAUAACAGAAAGCAAAUAUUUACUUCUAAAGCAGUUCUUCCAGCGAAGCCCGAGGCAGGCUGGUGUGGAGCUGUGGGGAGAAGAGCUGUUGGCAGUGGGUUUCUGCGCUGGGAGGUGCUGUUGCAUGCGGAGAGGCCGCUGCAGCCCAGCACCGGGACAGCAAAAGCAGCUUGCUUAGAGCAGCCCCCUCGCAGAGCUGCCAGGAGUACUGCUGAACAGUGUGUCUCCUUGCACUCAGGCUCUUGCAGUCAGGUGAGUCAGGAUGUGAGGACCUCAGAUUUAUUGUGUUUUUCCAGCACGGUAACAAUUUCUUGCAAAAUGAGAGAAGGGAUUGCCUCUGCCUUCCUUUGCUCUGGUUACUGUCCUGCUUCCCUGCUGCUAUCCUGAGCAAGUUAUCAACCCUCUAUCCCGACACCCUUUCUCUGGUAGAAAGCUCCGCAUGCACUGGGAUGUUGCCUUAUCUCUGGUAUGACAGAAAUCCUACCAAAGAGACGGGGAGAAGAGGAGGAAGGAAAAAGAGAUUUUUGCCUCUGCUGCUGCGACAUUAGUUUCAGUAUGUUGAUCCUGGUUUUCCCUCCUGCUAACUUUUCCUCAUUUUCCUACCCACUUUGCGUUUUGCUGUUUACCUUAUAGCUUGUACCUAACAGUGCAGCUUGGGGGUAGGUGCUUGCGUCUUGCGCUCAUGUGGAAUCUAUUUAAGACCCUUUGCGGGGCCUCAUUCCAAACUAUGUGCCCUUCAACCUAAACGCUGUAGCAGGAGUCUUGAUUUUUUGAGAGACCCGUUAGAGUCUUGUAACACAUGGGGAAGUUUGGCAGCAUUUUAAGUUGAGUUAAAAAAGCUGGGGUUGUAUUGCUGAAUUAAGGACAGAAAGGAUUUGUGUGCACUUUGUCUUUUCUUCUCACGGUACCCUGUGCUGACAAAGAAACCCAAGCUAGCAGAGCGCAAAUAUGUGGUAAGUGCUUUUGGUGGCUAAGGCAAACGGCUUGAACUCGCUUCUGGAGAAUAAGGGUUUGCCCUGCCUGAUGCACGAGGGUUCAUUUCUCUAAGCAUGCUCGCUUGCUGAGCCUGGCUCGGUACCCAGGGGAGGUAAGCCUUGUCAGCAGCGCCCAUCCUGCAGAGCACCAGCAGAUGGGGUGCAGAGCACGGCCGGCUGCGCCAGGCGACGAGGUAAGUUCUCGCCUUGCUUGGGCUUUAUUUUGCAGGAUAGACUAGUAAUAAGACUUCAGAAUCCCGUUAUUUUUCCUUAAGGGACUUAAGACUAUUUUUCUAUGACCUAAUCUGCGGGCAAAAUGCCUGUUCUUUAAAUUCUAGCUUAUAGGUGGCAGUGGUCCUAAAAUUUCUUGAGGCUUCACAUAGCUAUUAAGGAUUAGUCGAAGGAGAGGCUUUAGGGCAGCUGAGCAAUUUCUGUCAAUCUCCCUUUAGGCAGAUUUGGAAUACAUUAUAGAAUAAAUUUAGUCCCUGCAUAAUUCUAAUAAAAUAGAGAAUCACGUAUCCCAUCUGGGAGGCUUAAUUUUUGGUUGUAACUACAUAAAUCAACAGAAAACACCUCUCACGUGAAUAUUUUCAGACCCAGAUGGUGAUUGAGUUACGAAUGCAUUUUUCAUGUCCUUAUUUGAAAUGGAGGUCAGGAUAGCAUACAACCAGAAGAUUGAAAUGAGACUAUUGGAUAUAGAUCCUCAUCCACUAAAUUAGUGUCUCUCGCGGGGUUUUAGUUUCACUACAUUCAACAGUCUGAAUUAAUUGAGUUCAACAGAACAGUCUCACAACAUCCGAGAAUCUGAACCUAUUUCUAAAAUGUAUAUGCAACGGGUAGAGUCUAUGAAGGCCAUACCGUACCUGUCUCCAGCAAAGAACUUCUGGUUGCCUGAAUAAUGCACAGAUAAUGUUACUGUUUCAGUAAACUCCUUGAAGUCUAAGGAAAGAGCAAAAUCUGCGCUUCCUUAAGAGCAGAGUCUCUUGAAAAAGAAAAGAGUUGAGGCUGAAGGCAAACUUAACUAUUAGGAGAAGUCCAGGCAUAGUUCAGAAAAGGUCACUGCUUAUUAAUUGUUCUUAAUUAUUGAGAAUCAAUUCUGCCUCCUGUUUCCCCCCAUCAGUUUUCUUUUCUGAAUGGCAAAGAACUGAAAUCGUCUGAACAAGCUAAUAAAGUCAUCCAGGAAGCUGAGCUCAUUUCCAGUUUUAGAAUAAAUGCUGUACCUACAGAGGAGGAACAGGAGCUUCCUCUUUAAGGCUGUGUAUUACUAAGGACUUCAGAUGGGCGGAGCAGGCUUGGGCAGGCUAGAUAAAGGCGUGCAGGAUUUACAGACCUCUCAGACCGCAAUCAGCAUGAACUGCAGCCUGCCAGACAGAGUGCUGCUCAGCUACGCGAUGGACGGGCAGCAGGACAGGUUGUGCCUUCAGCCUCUUUGGGACUUUGUCACAGCAAAGGAGCCGUUGAUCAAGUCACCGUUUUUUCCAGUGCUGUUUUCUUUCACAGCAUACAUGGCCUUCUGUCUUCCUUAUAUUGCACUGGACUUUUUAAGCACUAAACUACCAAACUUGAGAAAAUACAAAAUCCAGCCGCUGAACUCUCCGACUCUUGGCAUGAUGGUGCCUUGCAUUAUUCAGAGCAUGUACCACCAUGCUGUUUUGAUCUUCCCGGUGACAUUUCUCCACUGGUACUGGAGACCAGUGAAUCUACCAGUGAUAGCUCCAGAGCUGCCUGAGGUCCUGCUGGAAGUAGUUGUUUGCCUGCUUCUGUUUGAUUUUGAGUACUUCCUGUGGCAUUUGCUUCAUCACAAGGUGCCUUGGCUCUACAAGACCUUCCACAAGGUGCAUCACAAGCAUGUGUCAACCUUUGCUCUUACUACACAGUAUUCCAGUGUAUGGGAAUUGCUGUCGCUGGGAUUUUUUGCUGCUAUUAACCCUUUGCUCCUCGGAUGCCAUCCUUUGACAGAAAUGAUUUUCUUCCUGGCAAACAUUUGGCUGUCAGUGGAGGACCAUUCAGGGUACGACCUUCCGUGGUCAACUCACCGACUCGUGCCGUUCGGUCUGUAUGGAGGAGCACCACAUCAUGAUCUCCAUCAUCUGAAAUUCAAAUCGAACUAUGCUCCUUACUUCACCCACUGGGACAAAGUCUUCGGGACAUUCACAGAAUCGCACUCUAAUUAAGGAUAUUCACCUGUGGAUGAACCCUUGUUUUUUUAUAGACUAAGCUGGGACGUUAAUUUUUCAAAGACAUACACAUGUUUAUGUAUUUGAAGCCGCCUAUAAAAGCAAUAGCUAUUUAAACAAAUCCUCUUAAUAUAUGUGUAUUUGUAUGUAUACUUGGAACUGCCUGUGUUAAAUGAGAGCAAAUGGGAGGGUAAAUAUCUGUUGCUUAAAUUUGUUUGAGUCAAGUAAGGGAAGCAUUAAGAGAUAUUCUCUUUUCUUUCCUUCUUUCCAGCUUUCAUAAAGCAUGUACUGUAUCACUGUAUGAUGUUCUAUACAUACGCCAGAACAACUAUCUUACUGUUGUAGGGUGAUUUACGAUGUAAACAGAAAAGGUACACAUCACGGAUUAUGUGGAGUUUAAUCUGCCAGAGCAUAUUAUUGCACAAUGAUGUUGUAAAAUAUUGCUGCCAAACAAAGCUAGUUGACUAAGUGUACAAUAAUUUUGAUAUUUAUGUUUUAAACCUUGGUGUACUGUCUGUUUUUAAUAGAAAAUAAAUAUGAUAAUU